CUAGAAAACCAUCUAAAAUGCACCAUCAUCACAAUCACCUUCUUCAUAUAUACUCCGGUAGCAUUUGAUUAGUUCCAGCAUGGCUGAGGAGAAACACCACCACCACCUCUUCCACCACAAGAAGGAGGAAGACGGCCCGGUGGACUACAAGAAAGAAGAGAAACACCACAAACACCUCGAGCACAUCGGCGAGCUCGGCGUUGCUGCAGCCGGAGCCUAUGCUUUGCAUGAGAAGCAUGAAGCAAAGAAAGACACAGAGCAUGGACAGAGGCACAAGAUAGAGGAAGAGGUUGCAGCAGCCGUGGCAGUGGGAGCAGGUGGAUUUGCAUUCCAUGAGCAUCAUGAGAAGAAAGAAGCCAAGAAGGAAGAAAAAGAGCACGACGGAAAGCACCACCACCAUUUCUAAUUAAUAAUUUACUAAUUAUUUGCUGAAUAUUGCUAAAUAAUGCCAUCAUAUCAUAUCAUAUCAUAUUAUAUAUAUGGGCUACUAUCUUGUUUGCAAUAAUAUGUGUGUCAGUGUGAGUGAACUUAUGUAUAAUCAAUAGAGUGGUGUUUAUUUACUUGAAUUACAUAUAAUGUUUUAAUAUAUUCUCUGCUCUAAUAGUUUAUAAGUAUGAUGUUGAACGACGAUGUAAUGUUUUAAGUUGAGAUAUAUAUAUAUGUUAUGAUGUUGAACGAUGUAA